UCCAGUCCAACCUACAAAAACUUUCUCAUUUUCAACAUGUUUUCAACCUCGUUAAGAUAAUAUUCAUGCAUAAAAGAAAUUAUUUAAUCAAAGAAUUACUGAUUUAUGAGUGACUUAUAUUUAGAACACGAGAUCUACAUGAUUUAUGUCACCUUUUUUAGUGAUUUAUAGGAAUACAUACUCAGUAUAGAGCCUUUAAAUAUAAGUGUUUAUUGCCACCGUAUUUUGAAUAUAAACUAGUUUAAGAUCUUAGAGUAUAGUAAAAAUGGAUGAAAAUAAACGAAUUUUUAUAAGUGACUUACCAGAAAAAUUGAGCGAAAAUGAGUUAAGAGGAUAUUUUAGUAAUUAUGGUGAAGUUUCUUCGAUCGAAAUUAAGAAACGCAAAGAAUUGGGGCCAAAAAAUAAAUCCUUAUAUUUUGCAUAUAUUAAUCUUUCAACAGACCAUUCUCAAUUAAAUAAAUGUUUUAGAGAUACAUCAAACAAACAAUGGGAUGGCGGUUAUCUCCAUCUAGAAAUUGCUAGGGAAAGUUUUUUAGACCGUUUAAAAAAAGAACGUGAAGAAAAUCGAACUAAAAAUACUACAAAAGUUGAGAAUAUAUCUUUGCAAGAAUCUAAGACUAAUAUAAAAUUUAAUGGUUCGAGUAGAAUAGAGAACAAAAAGUUUAAAUUUAAAGAUAACUCUAGUGAUUCUGAAUUAGAUAAAAUGCAAGAAAAUACAAAGUCUCGAGAAAAUGUAACUGACAAGAAAUUUGUACAAAUUAGUGAUUUACCAAGUGUUCCUGAUUUAGUUAUCAAAAAUAAUAAAAACAAAUAUGUUGAUAAAAAUCACUUAAAAAUACCUUCUGUAGGGAAAAACUAUGCAAAUGAAGAACCCGUUAAUAAGAUUAUUAUUAAUGAAAGCAAAUCUAAUAUAAAAAGACUGCAAUCUUUACAGAAUAUGAAGAAAUGUUAUAAUAAUCAACAAAACCUUAUUAGAGAAGCAUUACGAAGUGUGGAUAAUAGGUCUAAUAAAAAAAUUAUUUUUGAUGGUGAAAACAAAAAUAUCAAUAGCUUUUCAUCUGGCAUAGAGACAAAACCUUUAUUUCAAUAUGAUUCUGAUAACGAAGAUGAAAGUUUUUUAGAGAAUUUUAAAAUUAAAGAGCAGUUUCAAGGAAAAGAAGGUCAAAAACUUUUAGAAUUGCAAUCAAGAUAUCAAAAUGACAAAAGAUUUACAUUAGAUGAAAGGUUUAUUGAGCACAAUACAGCUGAACCUAAAGAAUCAAACCAAAUGAAACCUAAAGAUCUAAUGGAGACUGAAAAUAUCUCUGAAAAGACUUUAGAAUACGAAAGAAAUACCCAGUUGCAAAUAUUAGAAAAUAUUAUCGGGAAAUCAGUUAAAAAGGGACAGGAUGUGAAUUAUAACAGAAUAGAAAAAAAAGUUAUGAGAAGGUUUAAUGCAACACAAGAGGACUAUAUAAAUUUAGAAGUGAAACAACCUAAACAAGAUAUUUCUUGUAAAAAACAGAAAACGAAACAGAUGGAAGAGGCAGAAAAUAGUAAAAAGCCUGAAGUCUCUAAAGAUGUGUUUUAUAAAGUAACUGAUAAUUUAAAGGAAACUCUUCAAGAUAAGCAAACAUUUAGUUUACUUAGCACAUUUGGUGACAAUAAUACUGAUAAAGAUACAAAUACAAAUAGUACUGAAGUGAAAUUAAGCUCAAAUAAUUUAUUGAAAACAAAAAAUCCCUUCAAAUAUGACUCUACUGAUGAAGAAGAUGAAAAUGAAGAUAUUCCACAUAAAGAUGAGUCAAAGAUUCAAUCUGAUCAGAUACAGCCAGAAAUUUUUAGUGUUAAUAAAUCCAGCCAAUCAGUGUUUUGGACUGAACCACUUUUCUUCACAAAUGAUGAUUUUAGAUUCCAAGAAGGUGUAGACUUUUUAGAGAAAAUCCGGACUGACAAUAAAGAAUUUAUUAAGAUUAGAAGAGAACUGAAAGGAAUAGUUAAAGCAAAGAUUAAAAAUAACGAAAGGAAGAAUAAAAUGUUCAAAAAGAAGUUGGGUGGUAUGAAAAAAAGGAAACAAAUUAGGAUGAAAAAAGCUCUUAAAAGAUAAUUUUUCAAUAAAAUU